CAACUUCGCAAAACUGCGGAAACUGAGUAUGUACAUUUCUCUAUAACGGGCAGUGCGUAGUCUUACCUUCACCAUAUAUAGUUCAAAGUAUAAAUACAACAAUUGAGAAGCGUGCAACAUCGUUGGCAACAUCACUUGAACAGCUAUUUAGCUUUUUCAUUUUCAUUCUUCGUGGUUUAGUUGAUACCGUACUGUCGUUAGUGGCUGUGUUAUAAUAAUUUUUGAAAAUGGCCGAGAAGUUUUGUGGCUUAUUUUCUCAUAGAACCGGCACAAUUAUAAUUUUGAGUUUUCCUGUGAUGCUCAUUAUCCAGGGGUCCAUCUUAGCCUUAUUCAUGAGCAGUUCAUCCAGUUCAUCCAGUUCAGCCAGUUCAGGGCCGGCGCCUUCUGCAUCUGACGUCUUGAAUACAAUAGUAUUCGGACUAAUUUUGGCUAGUUGUUGCUUCAUUGGACUACUUGGAGUUGAACGAAAAAAUCCAUCGUUUCUGUUACCCGCAUUUGGGAUGAUGGUCAUUUUAAUUAUUUCGGCCGUGACUUGCCUGCUUACAUACAUUUUAAACUACUUUCAACUCGCAACUCACCGAGAUACCCUUAAAAGCAAUGAUCAAUUUUUCUAUUUCGUGAUUUUUGCCGCCAUGCUGAUGUAUGCGUGUAAUACAGUUUUCGAGCACUUGAAGGAACUGAAGUCACUUGUAGAUCAAAAAUCACGUGAUCAAUAUCAAACCAUUGUGUAAGAAAUGCGUUUGAUUAAAAAAUAUUGUACAUACCUACUUAUUUGUAUAUUUGUGUAAGUACAUCUUGACCGUAGUGUUGGAUAAUUCGAACCAUUAAAAUGUUGAUGGCACUUUUAUUGUAUAGUUGAAUUCAAGCAAGUUAAUUUUAAAUAAUUUUGUACAAAAAAAUUGGAGAAAAAUAAAGUUUUUUCAAUCUAA